AUGGGGCUGCGACUCCUGAGAGCUAUCUUGGUGCUAGUUUUCGCAUACUAUGAACUCAACUCCUCGGAAGGGAGUCGGCUGGAAACUAUGCCCAAACAGGCCCUUCCUGCCCUGCGGAAGCAACCCAAGACUUUCAGGGUGGGUCACAAGACCCGGCUUGGCCUAGAAAGGAGAAAGCUGGACGCAGAGGGUUGUGGAAAAGCACCGCUUAAUACUGUCUGGGAAGGCUCUCGGAUUAUAGGGGGUAAAGAUGCUCAAAAUGGUUCCUGGCCAUGGAUUGUUAGUCUGCAAAUUCAAACUGAGAAAGACUUUGUUCAUGUAUGUGGAGGUUGCUUAGUAGCUGAAAGGUGGAUUCUCACAGCUGCUCACUGCAUUAAAAUUAGAGAUCCAGACAUGUGGAGAGUUGUGAUUGGAACUAAUAUUAUAUAUGAGAAACGACCCAAAAUGAUGAUAGUUCAAGAGAUCAUUAUCCAUCCUGAUUUCAAGUUGGAAACUUAUUUAAAUGAUGUUGCACUUCUUCAUUUAAAAAAAGCAGUGACAUAUAAUGACUAUAUACAGCCCAUCUGUCUACCUUUUAAUGUUUUCCAAAAACUGGACCAAAACACUCAGUGUUAUGUAAGUGGUUGGGGAAGAACAAAAGAGGAAGGUAAUAUUACAACUAUUUUACAGGAGGCACAAGUUCAUUAUAUUUCUCGAACGAUUUGCAAUUCUGUGACUAGCUAUGCGGGAAUAGUUCCUAAUAGUUCAUUUUGUGCAGGCGAUGAAGAUGGAAAAUAUGAUACAUGCAGGGGUGAUAGUGGUGGACCACUAAUGUGCUACUUUCAAGAACAUGAGCAGUUUUUUGUAAUGGGAAUUACCAGUUAUGGACACGGAUGUGGUCGACAAAAUUUUCCUGGUGUGUAUAGCGCACCGUUCUUCUACCAAAAUUGGUUGAUCCAGCAACUCAGCCGGCCCUCCCUGGAAGCUUCCAAGCAGACGGAGAGGAAUACUAGACCGAUCAGAGAUAAUCUCUCUGAUCUUCUAAAAGGGGGUGUCAUCCAGUGCAUCCGCUAUCGACCACCGCGCUGCCAGAGUGAGGGACUAAAGCACCUCCAAGUGCGACGGACCAAGGGAAGAAAGGUCGUAAACUCCCAACCCUCCGACAAGCCUCGGGGCCAAACCAAGGUUGGAUGGGAGGGUACCCCAAAGUCUUCCCACAAGUCUCAGAAAUCGUCCUUUCUUGUUCAGAUUGACACCAAGACCUCUAUAUCUAUCCCAGAAUAG